AUGGUCGGCCACUACUACGUGCAACCGACCUACAAAUUCUCCGUAUUCCUACUCCAAAAUACAGACCUGACCGCGACGGUCCUGUGCGAGGCGAACGAGUGGAACGAGCUCCCGCCGAGCUUGGCCUCGCUCGCUGGUUUUGCAGGCGUGCGACUCAUCUACGUGUGGCUCGGCAGUAUUCGGUACAACGAGCGAGGACGCAGCAAGAAGGGCUUUGCCGAGCAGGCACGGCGAAUCAUGGAGAGAGAUGGGCGGUUGCUGCGAGGACGCGAUUUGACUGUGGAGUACAUCGACUAUGACGGGCAUCGCUACGGCGAAAUUUGGACCGGUCGUUAA